AGGUGUGUGUGUGUGUCUGUGGAAGAAGCAGAAAGAAGAAAGGGCGCGUUUUUACUAUUUUUGUUUUUAGGGUUUUGUUUCAGAGCCAAAACAUUGGUUGUUUUUCUGUCAAUGGAGCAAACGAUUUUCAAAGAUUGUGAAGUAGAGAUCUGUUCUCAAGAAGAAGGGUUUAGAAACGCUUGGUACAGAGCAAUACUGGAAGAAACCCCAACGAAUCCGAAUUCGAAAAGCAAAAAGCUUCGUGUUCGCUACAUGAACUUGCUCAACGAAGAAGGUGCGUCUCCUCUAACGGUCGAACAGGGGUUUAUACGACCAGUCCCGCCGGAAAAUCUAUACAACGGCGUCGUUUUAGAGGAAGGAACGGUGGUUGAUGCUGAUUACAAACAAGGAUGGUGGACCGGUGUUGUGAUAAAGAAAAUGGAGGACGGGAGCUAUUUGGUUUACUUCGAUUUUCCACCAGACAUUAUUCAAUUCGACACAAAGCAUUUGCGAGCUCAUCUUGACUGGACCGGUUCGGAAUGGGUCCGACCAGAAGUUAGGGAACUGAGUAAGUCCAUGUUUAGCCCCGGGACAUUAGUUGAAGUCAGUUGUGUAAUAGAUAAAGUUGAAGUUUCCUGGGUUACUGCAAUGAUAGUUAAGGAGAUUGAGGAGAGUGGUGUGAAGAAAUUUAUAGUGAAGGCAUGGAAUAAACACUUGAGAUGCAGUGUUGAUGAGGCAAAACCAAAAAUAACCGUUGAUUCACGCUGUGUUAGGCCUACACCGCCUCCUUUUUCGGUUGAAGAGUAUGACUUGCUUGAUUGUGUAGAGGUGUUGUUUCAUGGUUCCAGUUGGCGUCAAGGGGUGGUGAUGGGAGUUCUCACUGAGAAACAGUACAUGGUUAGGUUAGAGGCUACAAAGGAUGACUUGGAAUUGAAACACUCGGAUCUUAGGCCUUUUAAGGUGUGGGAAGAUGGGGUUUGGCAUAACGGACCACAGCAAAAACCCGUAAACGAAAGUCCUUCCAACGACAUCAAACAGAAGCCAAUGUUCACUUCUUCUGGUGCUAGGCCAAUGGCUACAAAACAUACAAGAAGAUCUCUUAAUCCUGAGGAAAAUGACGAGACAUUCUCUGCAGCUGAAACUGUUACUGCCACUGGAAAGAAGGGGUCUGAUGCUGUGAUGAAUGACAAUAUUCCUCCGGUAAUAACCUCGAAAGUGACAUCCAUAGCAGAUGAAUCUGUUUCAUUUGUAACACCGUUGAAACAAAACGCUGAAGGAAUGAAAUCUCCUGAGAAGACACUUGAGCCGAUGAGGAAUCAGAAUAGCUUGGGAAAUGAUUCAACUCAACAGAAGUUGCCUGAGGAGGAGAAUAGCAAAGAUGGGAGCAGAAAAAGGAAAAGAGAAGAAGACCUGAAUGAAACUGAUGGGACAUGUAAUGGUUCAGAGGCUGAGAUAAGUGAUACAGGUAAAAUUAUCUGCAACAAUGAUGAUGUUGAUAAUCAGCCAUUCUCUACUGAGCUAUCCUCGUAUCAGAGCUCAAGUGCGGUGAAUAGUUUUGCUUCUCCUUUUGAAAAGAAGUUGCCGUUUUGGAAGACAUAUGAAACAGAUGAGUUGUACAAAUCAGUACCACAAACUCCUCAUUUCAGCCCGUUGCUCAAGGCUAAAGAAGAUAUCCGCGAAUGGUCAGCUGUUGGUAUGAUGGUGACUUUCUAUGGUUUAUUAGAGGAAGUUAAACAUCUGCAGCUCGAUGAUUCCCCGAGCAAACUAAGUAUCAUUGGUAGUUCUUUUGCGGAGCUCGAGAAGCACGGUUUCGACGUUGCAGAUCCACAAUCACGGAUCAACAAAUUGUUGUCUUUCCAAGAUAAGCGAGCAAAGAAAGCAGAGGAAAGAAAAUGUCUUGAGAAGGAGAUUGAAGCUAAAGCGAUCGAAAGGCAGAGGUUUGAAGAAGAAUUGGCUGAGUUUGAACGCAUAAUUCUUGAGAUGAAGAGACAAGCAUUGGUUGCCAAAGAGAAGAAAGAAGCGGCUGACAAAAGGAUUGGUGAAAUGAAGUCAUGUGCAGAAACCAUUGAUCAAGAGAUUAGAGAUGAGGAGCUUGAGUUUCAGACAGCUGUCUCGGCUCCAUGGUAAUAAGAGAAAACAAAACUAUAGAUGACAUCUAAGCUCUAUCUAUAUUUUGGGAAAUGGAAGAUUAGGGUAGAUGUAUAUAAAAACAGUUAUCUACGAUCUUUAUCUCCUUAUGGUUAUUGUUGAUGUUUUGUUUAGGCUAAUAAGAUGAACUAUGAGAAUCAUCUUUUGUAGAUCUUAUGAUGAUUAGAAUAAACUUUUACUAACUUU